AUGGAAGCCUUGCUGUUGGUCUUAGUCGAAUCGGCGGGUUCCGAGCUGGCCUCGCAGAUUGCCGAGCGUCUGGCCGACGGCUUGAAUCUCGAUUUUCUGAAGUCCAAAGAAGACAAGUUGGAGCAAGAGCUGAAGGUGCUGCAGAACAAAAUCGACGAGUUGGGCAGAUUGGUCGUUGACACGAUCAAGAAGCAAAGGAUUACGGACGCUGCGAAUCGAGUGAGGAAUUGCUUCACCAGGUUGGAGAAAGCGGCAAAAGUGCAAGAUGCUAAGCGAUUCGCCGAUGGGGUAAAACUAAUUGAUAGUCAAGACGGCGUCCAAGACCGGCUGGAUGACAUGAAUGCCAUGCUCAUGAAUGACGAGGGCAAGGGGUCACAGGGCCUCCUGGCGCCACUCGCCCAAGAACAAUGGGAUAAGCUGCAAGACGGAAACGAUCUGAAAUAUGGCAUCCAGGAACUUGAACGAGAGCAAGAGGCGACUCUUAAGUAUACCAUCAUGAUCGAGCGUCUGGGUCUCGCCUUGGUCUUGCUGUAUCACAGGACGCGAGAGGAUAUAGAUAAAGCGACGAGGGCGAAGACCAUGGCAGAAACAGUUAAGAAUAGCGACGAGCGCGUCAAGGCGUGGCGGGACUUGUGGGACGAUCGAAAGCGAACUUGCCCUGCGUAUGACACGCUCUGGAGCGAAAUCAAGAGGCAGACGGCGUCCGAACCAGUAUACAAGGCCCCAUUCAUCAGGACCAUCCAGGCGGCGCUCGAUGAUCCGAAAGUGCCAUGUCAGGCAGGCCAUGUGCUAAAUGCAGAGAUGUUGCAGAGAAAUUGGCGGGACGACUGGAGAGAGCCGACCUACGCCAUCCACCAGCAUGAGUGGGACUUGUCUUUCAAGCCCGACACAGGCCGGUGGACGAUCCACAGUACACACAGGUUAGUGCCAUAUUCCACCAUCGCUCGCCCCCCACGUCUAGAAGCUGACCGCGUGCCAAACCCGAUGUGCAGCUACUUGGAUGCCAAGUUAAUUCCGCUGCCCAAUCCGCCCAAGAACCAGCACCACAUCCGCGUGCGCUGUGCGAACAACAACGAAUGGUGGACUAUCAUCCUUGUCAUUCUCCCCCUCACACUGCCCCCCUCUGUGCAGCUCUCGAAUCUCACCUCGUGGAAUAGCGGCUCCGCUCGUACGUUCCUCGCUCGAGUCGAGAACCACUCGUCGUACACUUUGAUACCACGAAGGCGACGUGUGUCGUCCAGGGGUGAUUUAUAUGGCGUGAUUUCCUCGUUCGAGUGCCCCGUGCUGCCCGGAGGCACAUGCUACUUGGCUGGACAUACUGGCAGGGCCUUGACGGGGGGUACCGGGCUCUUCGAGUAUGCUAUCUGGUCUAGCCCUCCCGCUAUCACAGACUCCUCGCAGGAGAGCGAGAAGAAGUUUCACGACCUCAAGUGCUUCGAACCAUCGCGCGAUUAUUACGACGAGCAAGUGGGAUACCAACCGCAGGUCGGGGCGUCGUACUUGGGAACCCUAAUAUUGAUGGUCAGUGUGAGUUAUGGAGGCAACCCCAAGGGAGCAAUGUAUGCGAGUGAUUACUGGGCCAGCGAGAUCGUGUCGCUGAAAGAUGAGGAGUGUGUCACGGGCGAUUACAAGUAUACGGGAGCAAAUAAGAGGGAGAUGAAAGUGGUGAAUGUGGAAUGGGAUAUUCAACAGGGAGAUCACGUCGGGCAGCCCGGGACUUGGUUCAAGGUGUGCAACAAGUGA